AUGGCCUCCAUCAGGUCCGCCACGGGCGUGACCUCUGCAGGCGAUGGACUCCAAUCCAUGUCCCAGGAGAAGGUGACAAGGGCGACUUCCAACUCCAUCCUGCCAACAAACCACCAGCACAAGCACCAUCCAUCCCGGUAUGUGCUGGGUCUCUUUCGCGUGGACAGUGCCGGCGAGAGCGGGCGGACGGGCAUCCACCCAGUCCACUUUCUCAAGGUAACCUUCAAGAGUAUCUGUACAGCAUCAAUGAUCGUGAACGUCCUAUGGCCGUUCGUACCGGCCGCAAUCGCCAUGCAUUUCGCACGCCCGGACCUGCACGUGUGGGUCUUCGCCCUCAACUAUAUCGCAAUGGUGCCGUCGGCGAAUGUCCUCGGGUUCGCGGGUGGUGAAUUGGCAAAGAAGCUUCCCAAGGUGCUUGGAAUCUUGCUAGAGACGUUCCUGGGCGCGGUGGUUGAAAUCGUGCUGUUCAUGGUCUUGCUCCAUAAUGAUCAUGACGGCCACCUACUCCCUGUCAUUCAGGCUGCGAUUCUUGGCUCGAUUUUGGCGAAUUUGCUCCUCUGUUUGGGAACGUGUUUCUUUGUCGGUGGUCUUCGGCGGUCUGAGCAGGUCUUCCACGAGGCAGUUAGCGAGGUUGGAACGGGAUUGCUGCUGGUAGCAGGCUUUGGUCUGCUGAUUCCCAGCGCAUUCUACUCUGCGCUAAAGAGCGCUGUCAACGAAGAAUUCACAAUCGAGAUGUUGGGUGAUUAUUCGCUGAAGAUCAGUCGUGCUACGGCUGUUAUUCUCCUCAUCGCUUUCGUGACAUAUCUCGUCUUCAACCUCCACAGCCACAACUCGAUCUUCGACGAGAUCCUCGAAAAGGACGAGGCACAAGAUGAAGACCGACACAUGGAGCUCCGACGAGCCAAACUCACCUUUGCCGAGUGCAUUCUCGCCAUUGUCAUCUCGCUAGCCUGCGUCUGCAUGUCUGCCGUAUUCCUAGUCCAAGAAAUCGAACACAUUGUCGAACUCGGCGUGUCCGAUAACUUCAUGGGUUUGAUUCUCGUCCCCCUCGUCGAAAAGGCCGCCGAACAUCUUACUGCUGUCGAUGAGGCCUGGGACAACCAGAUCAACUUUGCCCUUUUCCACUGUCUCGGACCCUCUAUCCAGACUGCCCUGCUCAAUGCCCCGCUGGCGGUGCUUGUGGGCUGGGGUCUGGGCAAGGAUAUGAGUCUCAAUUUCGAGAUUUUCAUGGUCGUUCUACUUGUGUUGUCCAUUUUGGUCGUUGGCAAUUUCUUACGUGACGGCAAGUCGAAUUACCUGGAGGGCACGUUGUGUGUUCUCGUUUACUUUAUUAUUGCCGUCACCUCGUGGUACUACCCUAAGGUGGACAUUGCUGCGACGAACAGUGCCUGA